UCUCCCGCCCGCCCCGGCGGCCACCCUCGGGGGCGAGGCAGCCCGGCGCGUGGGAGGGGACGGCGCGCCAUUGGCUUCUACGCGGCACUGAGAGGAGGGACCAGCGCGGGACGCCAGACUCGGGCAUACUCCGGCCACGGUGGGUGCCGCGCGCAGUCCAGCCCGGCCCUGCCCUGUCCUGCCCGGCGCUGGGAACGCGAUGUGAGCGCCGGAGGGCCGGAGGUUCCCCAGCACGCCAGCUCCGCGCAGCCGGCGCCAGCAUGCGCUAGGAACAUGAGGAAACUGAGUCCCAAAGUCCUGCCCUGGCUAUCUGUGAUGGGAGAAUCUGCCGGUGACCUCAGCUGGCCUGUCUCAGCCCAGUGACUCAGGGCUCCCCCAACAGCCAGCCUUCCAGCUUCAGGGAGAACCCUCAGCUGCCAGCUCCCCUGUUCCUGGAGAUUUUCCCAGGUCCUGCUGGAGUCAUAGGCUUUCACCCAAGGGAGGCUGGACCCCAGGGAGGAGUUCCGAUGCUGGACACUCACCAGGGACUUUCAAGGGGAGAUGCAAUGGGGAAGACGGCUUAGAGCUUUGUUGUUUUUGGAGGUCUUGCGCUGACUGGAGGUGAGGACGGGCACGCGACUCAUCUCUGUGUCUUGAUUGCCCAGCACGGUGCCUGGCACACACCCUUCUGCGGAGGCCGGGUGCCAGGACAAGAUGGCGGCCAAGCAGCCCCCACCUCUCAUGAAAAAGCACAGUCAGACGGACCUCGUGAGCCGCCUGAAGACCCGCAAGAUCCUGGGUGUGGGCGGCGAGGACGACGACGGGGAGGUGCACCGCUCCAAGAUCAGCCAGGUCUUGGGCAACGAAAUCAAGUUUGCCGUUCGGGAGCCUCUGGGGCUGAGGGUCUGGCAGUUUGUUUCUGCUGUGCUCUUCUCUGGCAUUGCCAUCAUGGCCCUUGCCUUCCCUGACCAGCUCUAUGACGCGGUCUUUGAUGGAGCCCAGGUGACCAGCAAGACCCCUAUCCGCCUGUAUGGUGGUGCCAUCCUCAGCAUCUCCCUGAUCAUGUGGAAUGCUCUCUACACGGCUGAGAAGGUUAUCAUUCGAUGGACGCUGCUCACGGAAGCCUGCUACUUCGCGGUCCAGUUCUUGGUGGUCACUGCCACGCUAGCCGAGACGGGCCUCAUGACCUUGGGGAUCGUACUGCUCCUGGCUAGCCGUCUCCUUUUUGUCGCCAUCAGCGUUUACUACUAUUACCAAGUCGGCCGAAAACCCAAGAAAAUUUAGCUGCCCGCGGGGCCGGGGGCCCCUCUGGGGGCAGGGCGGCCCUGGGCCUCAGUUUCUCUCUGGUUCAUGGAAAACAGGAAGGACCCUGCCCUGCCCCAGGCAGACAGGGGUGGCCACCUUCCUUUCCUCCUGGGCACUCCCCAAAUGCUGUGAUCUUCUGAGCUUUCAGGUUUGGAGAGGGACGGGGCCUCUGCACCCCUGUUCUUUGCCCCACAUAGUGACACCUCCUUUUCUUGGGCCUCUUGGCCCCUGGACCCCCUGGACAGACACUGCCUGAAGAGCCUGCAUCACGGGGUAUGGGGCGGAGGUGGGGCUGCUGCCCUUUCGGCUGGGAGACUUCUUCUGAGAGAGGCUGUGGGCUGCCUCCUUGUCCUUCUCUUACACCCCCGGCCAAUUUAGUUCCCAAGCAGCUGAACGUGGCAUCUGUCUAUGCCUGGAAAACCCGAGGACUUGACCCUAUGCUCCCACUCCUUGUGGUGGGCUCUCCCUACGGGUGGGGGUCCCCUCCACCCCCAAACAGACACACCUUCCCUCUGCACAACCUAGCAGCAGCUGACAGGCAGCGGUGGCUGUCUUGAGCUCUCACUUCCCUUUCAGGCUUCCUGUGAGGUAGCAGAGCCCUGUUCUGGCCACCAUGGCUCUCUUGGGGGUCUCACUCAAGGCUGUGCUGCCUCCAUCCCAACUCCUGCAGGCCUCUAGGAACCCUCUUCCCCCAAUUGGCCUGGGUCCAGAGACUGCCAGCGGCCUCACCCACAGGCUGGCCCUGACAGAUGGACGCACAGAUAACCUUGGAGGCUACUAGAAGUGAUGGGGUUUGGGGAUGAUGAAAGAAGCAGCGGCCUUUCCUUGUCCCGUGGCAUGUUCUGCAGGGUCUGACGUUCACCUGGCUUAGCCCCCUCACCACCCUCCCCUACUCCCCAGGGUGUUGCCCUCUGGACCUCUAGCCUGGCUGCCCCCCAAGCCCUGAUGGGGUAGGACUGGGUACCCUUCAAACUCAGCAGGGGAAACGGAAUAUUUCAGCAGGCUACCUCCUUUCAUUACCUCCACCCCGAUGCCCUGGAGAAGGCCGACAGCUGGCACCCUCAGAGCUGGAGACCCCGUGCAGGCCCACAAGCUUGCGGGUCCCCCAUUAGUCCUUCCUCCUAAUACUGUCUUUCCCUCCAGGACACCAGUCUGCACACCAGGGAUGUCAGCCCCUGUUCUGGGGUCAGGUGUGGAGAGAAGCAGCCUAGGUCCCAGUCUUGCUUCCUGUCUUGGAAUACGAGUGUUUUAAGGGGUGAGAUAGUCUGGAGGUGCAGCCCAGCUCUGGCUACUGCCACGUGGGCCUGUGUCUGGGAACCUUACCCUGCCCACUCUGGGCCUCCCACUGCCCUCUCCUGUGCUCAGCUGUCACUGCAGCCACAUGUCUAGUGCCAGCAGCAUGGUGGCACCACCACUGGUACACAGCUGAGGAGAGGCCCAGCGGGUCGGGUGCCUAAGGCUGUGCUGCUGGUAACCGGGGCUGAACGGGAAGGAACCUGGACACCAAGGAAGAGCCUGCUCUUUCCUGGCAUCUGUCUCUUGCCACUGGAGUUUGUUCCUGUCCUCAGGGAGAGCCCUGGGCAGGUCGGGAGCCCACCUCUGCCUUUGGGAGGAAGUCUUGGUGGCUGGCGGGCAGUUCUGCAGGCUAAGGCCACUUCCUCCAUCAGAUGCAUACCUGUUAAGGUCUGGCUAGUCCUAUAACAGGUGAUGGGUAGUUUGGCCUAGCAUCCGCUGGGCAUGGCUGGUAGAUCCCUCUGGAGGCAGGCAGGGAAGCGGAGGCAUGAGGUCUGGAGUUGGGCCGUGCUGGGCACCUGCGGGGGCUAAGCUGGCCGGGCUUCCUCUCAGCCUUGUUCCGUGGGGUCUAGUGAGGGCCCGCUGGGAUGGCGCUGUCCAGGCUCAGUGUUCUUGAAAUUCUGGGCUGUUUGGGUCAACAUUGCCCUGAGGCGUGGGAGGGAGGAAGUAGGGAGGAUAGUAAGGAAAGGAGGAGUCCUGGUUGGGGAGGAGGCAGUGACAAAGCGGAGAGGGCCGAAGGAACGCACACAUCCAGUGAGGAAGGCUCCGUGUGGGCCCAGCCCCCAUCCUAAAGGUUUGGGAAGACCCAGGUUGCCCCUUCCCCGCCCCCCGUCGCCACUAGAACUUGGCAUCCUCUUCCCAAGCUCCUGCCCCGGCCCCAGCCCCCCCCCAAAUCAAGACCAACUUUCUUCACGGUCACUAUUUAUUCUUCGUUCCUUUUUCUUUUUGUAAGAAAUGGUCACAAAAACCAGUGCAAAACCAUCAGUGUGGGUGUCCUGUUUUAUAUUACAAAAACUCUUGAUAUAUAAUAUAAAAAGGGGGGCUCACAGGAAAUAAACAUGAUAAAUUAGCUCUGCUA